AUGUCUGCUGUCAACACAACAAAAGAAUUUAUUCUAACUGGAUUAUCAGGAAUUGAGAGCUACCAGGCAUGGAUUUCAAUUCCAUUUUGUGCCAUGUAUGUUUUAGCUGUUGUAGGUAAUGUCCUGAUCAUCUAUAUUGUGAAAGUUAAUCACAGUCUGCAUAAUCCUAUGUAUGUUUUACUUGCAGCUCUGUCACUUGUGGAUCUUGCUAUGAGCAGUUUAACCAUACAACUUUUAAAGAUAUUUUGGUUUAAUCAGAGAGCUAUUGCUUUUGAAGCUUGCUUGUUUCAGAUGUUCUGUGUUCACUUUUUAUCAUCACUAGAAUCUUCAAUACUUGCUCUUAUGGCUUAUGACAGAUAUGUUGCUAUUUACAAUCCGUUACGAUAUUUGUCAAUACUGUCAUACAGAUUGUUAGCUCAAGUGUUUAUAUCUCUUUUUCUGAGAGAUCUUAUCUUAAUAGGCUUGCUGCCAAUCUUAGCCUCCAGAUUGCCUUUCUGUUCAUCUAAUAUCAUACCACAUUGUUAUUGUGAUCAUAUUGGUGUUGUAAAAUUAGCAUGUACUGAUAUAUCUAUCAAUAAUUCUUUAGGCCUUUUAGCUAUGGCCUGUAUAUGUGGAUUGGAUGUUACAUUUAUUGUAUUUAGUUAUAUAUUGAUUCUGAUAUCUGUCAUAAAAGUUGGCUCAAAGGAGGCAUUUCUCAAAGCAAUAAACACAUGUGGUGCUCAUUUGUUUGUAAUUUUGUACUUUUAUACCACUUACCUGUUUAGUGUUUUAGUUUAUCGAACAGGCCAGAAAGUUCUCCCUGAAAUUCAUAUUAUAUUUGCUGUUUUAUAUCUUCUUGUGCCACCAGUCUUGAAUCCUCUUGUUUAUGCCAUAAGAACCAAGGAAAUCCGUCGUGCAUUUUUAAAAAUGGUUUUAAGUAGAAACAAUAACACCAACAUAAAGUCAGCAAGGUGUUAA